GAAGUGGAGCCGCCGCCGAGCACCAUGGCCGAGACCGACCCCAAGAGCGUCCAGGACCUGACGGCCGUGGUGCAGACAUUGCUCCAGCAAAUGCAGGACAAGUUUCAAACCAUGUCUGACCAAAUAAUUGGAAGAAUCGAUGACAUGAGCUGCCGCAUCGACGACCUGGAGCGCAACAUCGCCGACCUCAUGAUGCAGGCGGGCGUGGAGGAGGUGGAGGGGGAGAACAAGACCCCAGCCUCCAACAAGGGCUAAAGUUGCCCACAACUGAAGUCAAAUAAUGGAAGAUUACUUUUUCUUUUUUUCUACAAAUCGUUGGAAUUAAAGAAUGGCUUUUUGCAACUCCAGUGUGUGAAAGCAAUUUUAUAUUGUUACAGAGCUUGCAUUCUUAAUGUACAUUGUAUAGUUGGGGUAGGGUAGUUUCUAUUUUGGUCUGUGUACUGUAAUUUCACUUUUUGAAUUCUUGUAACAAGGAUCACAUGGUUGUGUUAUUAAAACACAGAUCUUAUGGAUCUCAACUCCUGGGUGUAGUUUUUUGUGGAGUCACUUUUUUCUCUUUCCUGUACUUUUCUAGAUGUUUCAUGUUUGAUAGCUCAGCAUUUAGUGACUCCCUCCAAACGGGAAUCUUGCCUUGUCCUACAUGAGUUUGUGGAGUGAAGCACAAGAUUGAAACUUAAUUAAUUGCAUUCAUUAUAGCUCUGAGCAUCAGGCACUCACUAGUUGAGGAUUGUGUUGUCUUUCAUACAUGUAAUAACGGUGAUUUUUGGAAAUGAGACACUGAACAUCAAAACCAUCUCUCCUGCUGCUGGUGUUACCUGAGCUGUGUGUUCCUGGAGCAUCACGGAAAUGCAAAUUUACCAUGGGAGACAUCUGAGCAACCACUGCCACCCCAAGCUGUGACACCUGGGCAGACAAGGAACUUUAACAGAGCAACCUCACGUGGGACUGAAGGUUUCUAACUCUCUCUGGCAUUAUUGUGGUCAGUAACUGGGAUUGAUGCUGGACAGAGCAGGGAUGGCAUUGUGGGAAUCUCUGUGGGGUUUUCAGUGGGAAUCACUGCCUUGUUGGACACAACAUUUGCUAGCAAAGCAGUGAUGCAUGAGGAACAAAAAAGGAGAGAAGCCAGGUGGAUUUUUACAGCCUUGCUUCUCUCAGAAUAACAAGUUCAAAAUAAUUGAUUUUUUUAAUUUGCUUUUCUAGUCAUACCCACAUCUUUGGGCCUGGAGUAUGUAUUACAUUUUAGCCAUGGAAAGUGUGGGAGAGCCUGUACUGUGUCACUUGUGAAGAAAAACGACCAAUGUCAGCUAUUCCUGACAAUCACUGCAAUGCUCCUCCAGCUUCAAAUGCAAAUUUCAGCAAGCACUAGUGGCAGGCAGCAGUUGCAGGUGGACCACACUUCAGCUGCUCCUUAAAUGCCACCAAAUUAAGCAUUUGAGUGCUGUGAAGGCAAUAUGACAGGUCAUUUUUCCAAACUCACUGUAAUAAAAGCUCAUAAUAACGGGGGGAAUUUUGUGAACAUGAGAAAUGUAUCAAUAUACACUUGUAAUACCAGCCUUAGGUCCUUUGUAAUGUCAUUUCAAAAAAAAAAUCUAAUAAAUGGUUAUGUGGUAACAAA